UAGGUCGCUGUCCAAGAUGGCGAAUAGGUCGCACAUGCGCAAACGGACAUGUUGUAAACCGGGCAGUGACAGACUAAAGAAGAAACCUCAGCAGAAGUGCGGUUGCUUGCAAACGUUGAAACAACAGCUACCACCAGCAACUGUACUAGUCGCCACCACCGAUUAUGGAGAAUAUCCGCGUACUUGAGUUGUACAGCGGAAUUGGAGGGAUGCAUUACGCGUUAAAGGAAAGUGGUGUACGUGCCUGCGUAGUUGCAGCAGUUGACAUCAAUCCCACAACCAAUCAGAUCUACAAACAUAACUUUCCUGAUACCCCACUCUGGAAUAAGACUAUUGAGGGUAUACCAUUAGAUGAUUUUAAUAAAUUGGAUUUUGACAUGAUUUUGAUGAGUCCUCCUUGUCAACCUUUCACCAGGAUCGGUCGACAGGGUGAUAUUCAAGACCCCAGAACCAAGAGCUUCCUCUAUGUUCUUGAUCUUCUUCCAAGGCUACAUAGACUGCCCCACUGGAUCCUGCUGGAAAACGUCAAAGGCUUUGAGACUUCUUCGGCCAGGGAAUGUAUGGUGAAAACACUUGAGCAAUGUGGAUAUGAAUUUCAGGAAUUUUUGAUCUCACCCACAUGUGUAGGAAUCCCAAAUUCAAGACUGCGUUAUUUUAUGAUUGCUAAGAUUCCUGCAGAAAACUCAACAUUACUGACAUCGAUGAACUUAGAUGAGAAGAUUGAACGGAUAUUGUCUGACAUGAAGUUGGAUUGUGACACAGAAAAGGAGCUGCCGAAGGCCUCUGCUUUAAUCAGCGCAGGCCAACAGGAAGGGGAAGUGAAGAAAGGUCACGUUCUUUAUAAACUGGAGACUGCGUCUGAUGCUCAGAGGAAGACGAAUCAAAACAAAGACCACAACAUCAGGCAGAUUCAAGACUUUCUUGAACCUGAGCCGGAAAAAAACAUGGAACAAUACCUCCUUUCCCCGAAAACCCUGCUGCGAUACGCUCUUCUUCUAGACAUCGUUAAACCCACAUGCAGGCGAUCUGUUUGCUUUACGAAAGGCUAUCAGCGAUAUGUAGAGGGAACUGGCUCAGUACUCCAAGGCUGUAUGAGUACACAGUUGGAGAGUGUGUUUACUGACCUCGAGCAGUGCUCGGAAGAAGAAAAACUCCAGCGGCUCCUGAAACUGAAGCUCCGAUAUUUUACACCCCGAGAGGUUGGAAAUCUAAUGGGCUUUCCCCACAGCUUCAGCUUCCCGGCACAAACCUCGUUGAGGCAGAAGUACAAAGCGCUGGGGAACAGUCUUAAUGUUCUGGUGGUUGCAAGUCUCCUACAGAUCCUGCUUUCUAACACAUUGGAUAUGUCUCUGAAAAAUAAAAAUUAAAUAUUUUAAACCUUGUUUUUGUAAUUGUGUGGAGGACAGAAAAUGUUGUUUAAAUUAUUGCUUAAAUGUAUCAUCAUUCAAUAAAAUUUUGUAUGAAAUA